AUGGAAGUUGAUGAAUUUUUAAACAUUCUUAAUGAAAAUAUUAUCUAUGAGGUUCCUGAUGAUAAAGUUAUAGAAGAACUUGUUAAUAUAUUUAGUUCUGAAGGUACAAAUAAAUCAAGUAAGAUGGAUAAUUCUGAUAAAUUAAAUAAUAGUAUUGAACUACUAAUUAUUAGUGCUAAUGCUGCAUUAAAGAAUUUAAAGAGUAUUAGAUUGUUUUUACUUCAACAAGAUGAAGUUAAUGAGCAACUAAAAUUAGUUAAUAGCCUUGAAAAAUUUAUUAGCAAGAAAAAAAUUAGUUCAAUGGCACAAACUAAUAUAGAUAU